UUUCUUCUUCCAGCUGACAAAGGGUCAUUCAUUUGCUUGAGUUCAUACCUGGUUUGGAACCUUUGAAGAAUUUCUGGCCUCAGUUUGGAAGGCAGAUUGGAAGGUUUUUAUGUUGAUAUGUUCCUGUUGUGUGUGAUGGCUACAUGCUUUUAAUGAUGAACUGGUGCACAAGAAGACAGUUUGUGAAAGCAGGGUGCACUAUAAAGGGGAUAAAUCAGGACUUACUGGAACCAUUAAGUUUGGCAGUGACUUUGAUCACUUCAUUGGUACUUUCAGAACUGGACAGAUGUGGCGAGAUACCUGGCAGGAAUACUUCAUAGGUGACAUUCUGCAGCCUUUGAUGUCUGGACUUCAGACUAAGUAUUCAGAUCGAACCCUUUCUGAAAAAUGGGCUUGGCUACAGCGUUACAUACCUAAGGUGUUUGAGAAGGAAUCAUUGACUCCUGCUAUAAACCAUGGUGACUUGUGUUUGGCCAACUUUGGACAGACUGAGAAAGGACCAGUUGUCUUUGACCCCUCAGUGUUGUAUGGUCAUUGUCAGUUUGAUCUUAUUCUGUCCUAUUUGGAGGAAGCAUUUGAUGAACAAUUCUUCCAGGAAUAUCACAAAAUAAUACCAAAAAGCUCAAGAUGUAAUGAUUUUUUGCUGGUGUACGAGUUCUUUUACCAUGCGGUGAUGUGGUAUCAUAUUGAUGAUGUUAAAUACCAGUGUAGCACCCACUCUUCUGCCGACCGUGUUAAAGAUAUGCUACAGAAACAGUACAUUACCACCUGAAGUUUAAGCUUUGGUGCCACAAAGGUGACUGAAAGAGCCUCAUGCUUAAUGAAAUAAUGAGCAAAUAAAAAUGUGUAAAAUUA